UUCUGUAUACUCCCUCCUCCCACUCCUUCUCCAGAGCAGCGGCAGCAUCUGCUGAGUUCCCGCCUCUGUCCCCGCCCGGCGUGAAGUAGCAGCAGAAAGGAGGAGGACCGGAGGAGGAAGGAAGCUGCAGUGAGUGGGCAGCAGCAGUAACAGAAUAAAGCGAGUUUUGUCCUUUCUGCUGCUGUCGCUGUCACGGCGAAGAACGGCCCGGCAACGCCAUGGCCUCAGCUCCCCUCAGGCCAGAGGCGGGCUGCAGCGCGGCAAAAGCGGCAGGAGUAGCACACGCGCAGCAGUGAGCGGCCUCCCCGCCGUCUCCAUCCGCCAGCCCCCUCUCUUGGCCCUCAGAGUCUGCGGCGCGCGUGUGGGCAACCGGGCGGUCGCUGAGUCUGCCUCGGCUCCCCACUUUUUGCGCUCGGCGGCGGCGGCGGCACCACCACCAUGUGGGGGAGGCUCCUCUCCGAGCUCGGGCAAGGCAGAGACUACACCGCGGGCUCAGAAUAUUCCUCAUCGGGAUGGUUACCUGGCACUGAAUCACUGUGGCAAGCCACAACAGGCCCAUCAAACAGUCGAAGUAGCCAUAUCAGAAGACACAGCAUAGCUUCUGACAGCGGUGACACCGGCAUCGGAACCUCCUGUUCUGAUAGUGUGGAAGAUCAUUCCACCUCAAGUGGUACUUCCUCGUUUAAGCCCAGCCGUUCACUGGUCUCAAUUCCUACUGCCCAUGUGAUGCCGUCUAAUGCCAGCUCUUCGUUUUCCAAACACAGGGAACCUUUCAAGUCUGAUGGUUCAAAGUGGAGUAUGAGCCUUUUAAGGACUGCUGGAAGCAGGCAUCAGGGUAUGCUGGACAGUUCUCUUGACAUGAAGGACUUAAGGCCUGUAAGGAAAUGGUCAUCUUUAUCUAAGCUAAGCACACCUGCUACCUGUAGCCAGGAUGGAAGCGUUCACUCAGCAGAGUGCAGAACCAGCAUGAAUAAAAUGGGAAGAGAGGAAACUCUGGCACUGCAGUUAAGAACAAAUGGAACAGGCUGCUUGCACAAUAGUAUGGAACUACUCAAAAUCAAGGACAGAGACAUGGGGGGGAAACGGAGCUCCACCUUGGACUGCAAAUACAAAUUUGAAAGUUGCAGCAAAGAAGACUUGGAUGUUCCUGAUCCUUCAGACAGGAGACAUGCCUUAGACAUGACGUAUAGUGCCUUACCAGAAACCAAGCCUGCUACAUCAAACUGUGAAGUUUUUGGACAAGGAUAUAUACCUUUGAGACCGCAGGCUGUGAGUGGGGUUCCCAUCCAGCCAUCUGAGAGGACUCAGAGGUGGCUUACUGAACAAUUUCAUACAAACCCUCCAGACCCCAGGCCUUCUGAUGGGUCAUACAGUUUAUCCUCUUGGCAGUUACAACAGCUUGAAGAACUUCGAGCCAGAAGUGAAUAUCCUGUGCAGGUUCUGAGUGGAUCAUCUCAUCAAGGUUACCCAGCUGCAGGCAUCCAGGAAUUCAGCAAUUGGGAAUCACUGAUGAAAAUCAAAGAAGGCCUGUUGAGGCAAAAAGAGAUUGUGAUUGAUCGGCAGAACCAGCAAAUUAACCUUUUAUACCAGAAGAUUAGGGAGAAUGAAUUGCGAGCUCAGCAAGCAAGACUGGGGCACAUUGUGAAUUGUGAAGACUCUUCUUUCAUGAGUAGUUUCCAGCAUCCUCAGUAUGAGAACACACCAGUGCAGCCUCAAUUUGCAGAGAGAUCUGUGGCCCACUGUGAAAGGGAGGAGCUGGAACGGAAGCUCGUAUCAGUCCAGAGUAAAGAACUGCAACUCAUUGAGUUCCUCAAACAAAUGGCAAGCAAAUCUAAUGAGGACAAAAAGAAGAUGGAAGAGAAGCUCAAAACGAGGGACAGGUACAUAAGCAGCUUGAAAAAGAAAUGCCAGAAAGAAUUAGAACAGAACAAAGAGAAACAAAGAAGAAUAGAAACACUUGAAAAAUACCUGGCUGACCUGCCAACCUUGGAUGAUGUUGAAAGUCAAAGCAAACAGUUGCAGGUUCUAGAAGAAAAGAACAAGCAGCUAAAAGCUACAGUGGCUGAGCUAGAGAAAGCACUUGAAGAAUCCAGAGCACAGUGUACAGAGAAAGAAUUGCAGCUCGUAUGUCAGAAAAAGAAAGAAAAAGAAUUGGUAACUUCAGUACAGAGCCUACAACAGAAAGUAGAAAAAUGCCUAGAAGAUGGUGUACGCCUUCCUAUUUUGGAUACAAAACAACUUCAGAGUGAAAAUGAGAGCCUCAAAGAGAAAAACGAGGAAGCCAGCAAGGUCAUAGACAAUCAACAGAAACAGAUAGCUGAGAUUACUUUAGAGAUUCAGUCUAUGCAAGAGAAACUUUUGCAAGAAAAACUGACAGUCCAGAAGCUGAAAAGUGAACUUGAAGAAAAGGAUAACAGUAUACAGCAGUUACAUAAGACUCUGCAUGAAAACCAAAGAUUUAUGGAAGAAAAUGCCUCUUUGAGAGAACAGAUUCAUCAGAUGGAACAGUCCAGACAGCCAGUGGCUGAGAAACUGCCUGUGGCUGACCAGUUGUUCAAGGAAAUGGCUCACUGUUUGUUUGACUUGAAAGCACUUUGCAGUAUUCUUACUCACAGAGCUCAGGGCAAGGAGCCUAACCUGUCUUUACUGCUGGGAAUCAGAUCAAUGAACUGCUCAGCGGAAGAUGAAAGCUACCACAGCACAGAAACCCUCUCAAAGAAACUCUCAGAGGUCUGUCAACUACGAAAGGAUAUUGAUGAGUUGAGGACUAUAAUAUCAGACUGUUAUGCUCAGGACAUGGGAGAAAAUUGCAUUACACAGUGAUAAAAGGUUUGUCCUCACAGCAACAGUGACUAAGUUAUUAAAUGCUGCUCUUGUGGUAGUUCCUUGUAUUUCUGUUAUGGAGCCAUACUGGAAGACACACUCUUGUGUAGCAGGUCAAAGGAUUUCAGAUGGUUGCUCAUGUUGACGAAGCAGGCAUCAAUUGAAGAAUAUGGUACGUGCUGUUAAGAGAAAUUUGGUUUCUUCAAAACUACUGAAUGUAGGUCCAAGCUGUGAAGAAUGUGCUACUAUUGAUUGAAGUACAGGAUUUUGUUUCUUCUCUCAUGACCUGUAAAAAUAACGGCUCACAUUGUAUUCUGGAGUCAGAAUUACUGCUGCAUCAUUUCCCCCCAUCUAGCAAUAGCAUGGGAUAUGAGAUGAGCUCUGAGAAUCCUACUGUGGAAAGCAGUUUAAAGUUCCUGAUUACCUGUGGGCAUUAUAUCUGUGAACAUUAAUAUGGAUGCUCCUACAAAGCAUUGUGUACUGUGGGCAGGCACUGAGAUAGUUUUGGCAUGUUAAAUCAAAGCAGCCUACCUGUUUGCCAUCUUGGUUUGGUAAUGACUAUUUUUUCCCCCAACAGUCAGUUGUCAAGGAUAUCAGUAUUUUUCUCUUGAACAAAGCAGAGCAGAACCACCUAUAUUUCAGGCUAAGCAUAAGUUGUUCUUAAAAUUAACUGCCAUACUAUUAGCUUUUUUGAGCUGUAUUAGAGUUUGAUGAAGGCUGUUUGAGAGAUGAAUACAUAAAGACUAGGAAAGAUUUGUUUUUUUAAAAAGCACAUACCACUAGAGGUUAGGAGAACAUUGCAUCUUGUCAGUUAUUCUGCAUUUCAGGCAUGUUCAGGGACUCAUUCUGAGCAGAUUAAAAAUCUAGAAAGAAAUGCUUUCUGUCCACAAGAACAGAAAGCAGCUAGAGAGAUGUCUAGGAAUGCUCCAGAUCUGACAAGUGGGUGACCAAAAGCCACUUUGUAAUCUAGACAUUAUACUGAUUUAUUUUGCUGCACUGAAGCAAAUAUAUCCUUUGCCAAGCCAAACUUGCUGUCACUUUAUUCUGUGACAAUCAAUUAAGUACAGAAAUUGAACACUUUCUUUUAGAAGAGAGAGAGGAAAAUAAGGUGCAUUUGGCUUAUUUUUAUUACAACUAGACCCAGUGUUCAGAGGGCUUGAGACUGGUUUUGCCAGGUGUCCUGGCUCAGAGUGAAUUAAGAGUUUGUACUGAAUGAGUUGCCAUUUUCUGUUUCUUGUGUUAAUCUCUCCA